AUGAAGGAACUCCCAGUUGAGAUUAUUCUUCUAAUCCUGGACCAUCUUGGUCCUGAGGACUUAUUGUCUUGCAUUCGUUCCUUCCCACAUUUCGUCCCAUUGUUAUCAGCUCAACAUACCAAAUGUGAAGAUGAUAGCAGAAACACGAUCUUACAUCUGCUCGUGAUAGAAAAUGACAACGACUUGCUAUACACGCUACUCUGCCAUAACAAGAAUGUUGAUGUCAAUUCAAAGUCUUCAUGGGAGCAAACACCACUGGCCUUAGCAGCGGAGGCUGGACAUUCUACGACAGUGAAGCUCUUGCUAAAGAGUAAUGGAGUUAGGGUGGAUGAGACGGAUAGAACAGGAUCUACACCCCUUGCGAUAGCUGCUUCAUACGGAAAUUAUGAAAUAGCUGAGUUGCUACUAGACCACGGUGCAUCUAUCAGAAGCCGUAAUUUAUAUGGGCUAACGCCACUGUCAUGUGCAGCUACUGAUGGUCCCACGCAUUUGGUGAAUUUGCUCCUACGCCAGACUGGGGUUGAAGUGGACCAUAAAGAAACUAAAUUCCAGCGAACACCAUUGGCACUAGCAGCACGAUUUGGGCAACCUGAGGUUGUAAAGCUACUAGUGGGAAGAGAUGAUGUGGAUGCCAAUUCAAGGGAUGCCUACGGCAAGACGCCGCUUGCAUUAGCAGCGUCAACUAAUGAUGACGCGUCAGCAUCUUUGGAGAUUGCCAAAGUUCUCCUCGGCCGGCGGGAUGUGGAAGCUGAUUCGAGGGAUCACCAUGGACGGACGCCUUUAUCACACGCUACCGCACGAGGUGCUAUUGCCUUAGUAAGGCUACUUCUAGAGCGAGAUGAUGUUGACCCACAAUCGAGAGACGACGAAGGAAACACGGUACUCGACUGGGCGGGCAAGGGCAUGGUUAGGGGAGUGGCGUGGCUCCUGAUGAAAAGGACAGGGGUUGAAACUGUCUGGUGGGAUCGCCCAAACGGCCACGGCUUUGACGUGCGACUACGUUCGCUUGCACGAUGUAACUGCGAAAUUGAAUGUAUGUGCCCUGACUUUGAGGGCUAG